CCUCUGCCCCCACCCCCAAACUCCCCGCCCCUCUGCCGGGGCCGCUGGCCACGACUCCGCGAGUCCCUCCCCGCGCCCCUCUGCCUUUCCCCGCUGCGCCCCGGCUCCCUGAGCUGCUUGCCCCUCUCCGCUGGGCCCCCAGCCUCCUCGUCGCGUCACCCGCACCCUCUCCUCUAUCCUUGGCCCCCGCUCCCUCCGCCCCCCUUCCCUCUCUCACUUCCCACGCCCCCUCUUUCGCUCUCCUCUCUCCUCCCUUUGCCGCCCAGCCCCAGCUCCGGAGUUGGGGGAGAGACCAGGGUUUCUGUUGCUCCGGAGCAGGCGUGAAUCGCUCAGGGAUUGACGAAUUUGGGGUGGGGGGCACGGUGGGCUAUGGAGCAGCCCGAGGACAUGGCGUCGCUGAGCGAGUUCGACUCCUUGGCGGGCAGCAUCCCGGCCACCAAGGUGGAGAUCACCGUGUCCUGCAGGAACCUCUUGGACAAAGACAUGUUCUCCAAGUCUGACCCAUUAUGUGUCAUGUAUACUCAAGGAAUGGAGAACAAGCAGUGGCGGGAGUUUGGACGCACUGAAGUCAUCGACAACACACUCAAUCCCGACUUUGUGCGCAAAUUCAUCGUGGAUUACUUCUUCGAGGAGAAGCAGAACCUCCGUUUUGACCUAUACGACGUUGACUCCAAGAGCCCGGAUUUAUCCAAACAUGACUUUCUGGGCCAGGCCUUCUGCACCCUGGGAGAGAUUGUGGGGUCCCCUGGGAGCCGCCUGGAGAAGUCCCUCACAAUAGGAGCAUUCAGCCUGAAUUCCAGGACGGGCAAACCUAUGCCAGCUGUGUCCAACGGAAGUGGUCUUUGGAUGGAAAGUUUGAGAACCACUGGUCUGGAAGCCUCCGGUGGUGUCCCAGGGAAGAAAUGUGGCACCAUCAUCCUGUCUGCUGAAGAGCUCAGCAACUGCAGGGAUGUCGCCACUAUGCAGUUCUGUGCAAACAAGCUGGACAAGAAGGAUUUCUUUGGGAAGUCAGACCCCUUCUUGGUGUUCUACCGAAGCAAUGAGGACGGAACGUUCACCAUCUGCCACAAGACUGAGGUCAUGAAGAACACCCUAAACCCAGUCUGGCAAACUUUCUCCAUCCCUGUGAGAGCCCUCUGCAAUGGGGACUAUGAUCGGACCAUCAAGGUGGAGGUAUACGACUGGGAUCGAGAUGGCAGCCAUGACUUCAUCGGGGAGUUCACUACCAGUUACCGGGAGCUGGCCCGCGGGCAGAGCCAAUUCAACAUCUACGAGGUGGUAAACCCGAAAAAGAAAAUGAAGAAAAAGAAAUACGUGAAUUCUGGCACAGUCACACUGCUUUCCUUUGCUGUGGAAUCAGAGUGCACGUUUCUCGACUACAUCAAAGGAGGGACUCAGAUCAACUUCACAGUAGCCAUUGAUUUCACGGCCUCCAAUGGGAACCCCUCGCAGUCCACGUCCCUGCACUACAUGAGUCCCUACCAGCUGAACGCCUAUGCUCUGGCGCUGACCGCCGUGGGGGAGAUCAUCCAGCACUAUGACAGCGACAAGAUGUUCCCUGCCCUUGGCUUCGGAGCCAAGCUGCCCCCUGACGGAAGGGUGUCCCACGAGUUCCCACUGAACGGCAACCAGGAGAACCCCUCGUGCUGUGGCAUUGACGGCAUCCUGGAGGCCUACCACCACAGCCUGCGCACCGUGCAGCUCUACGGCCCCACCAACUUCGCCCCUGUGGUCACCCACGUAGCCAGGAACGCGGCCGCAGUGCAGGAUGGCUCUCAGUACUCAGUGCUGCUCAUCAUCACGGACGGGGUCAUCUCCGACAUGGCGCAGACCAAGGAGGCCAUCGUCAACGCUGCCAAACUCCCCAUGUCCAUCAUCAUCAUCGGCGUGGGCCAGGCAGAGUUCGAUGCCAUGGUGGAGCUGGAUGGUGACGACGUGCGGAUCUCCUCCCGGGGAAAGCUGGCCGAGCGAGACAUUGUCCAGUUCGUGCCCUUCAGGGACUACGUGGACCGCACCGGCAACCACGUGCUGAGCAUGGCGCGCCUGGCCCGCGACGUGCUGGCCGAGAUCCCGGACCAGCUGGUGUCCUACAUGAAGGCGCAGGGCAUCCGCCCGCGGGCCCCGCCCACGGCUCCAGCGCGCUCGCCCCCGCAGUCCCCGACCCGCACGCCCCCUGCGUCCCCCCUGCACACGCACAUCUGAGCCUAGUCUGCUCAGAUGGCUGGGGCUUUAGUUCAGUAGAAAGGUAGGCGUGGUGCCCGGAUCCCGCUCCAGUCCACCCAGCCCAGUCUUUGGAACAUCGUGUGCCUGGCAGGCCGCCAGGGGGUGGGGCUUCUGGAGACUCCUUCCCAUAGGGCCCAACCCCUGUCCCCCCGACCCCGAGUUUGGGUGGACGGGUGGUGGAGGUGGACAGCUGGGCCCCUGCUCUGCUCUUUUCACUAACACCUGGUUUGGGACCAGCCAGGAAGAUGGUAAUCAGGAUGCCUAGGGUCCCCGUCAGCCACCUGGGUAAUCUCAUCUGUUCCUCUAUCACCCUGAAGCCUGGGCUGAGCCUCCCUCCUCCAGGUCCUCUUCUCCUCUCCUCCUCCUGUGGUGUCUACUUCUGUACCUGGCCCCUGACCCCCACCCCAGUAUCUAUCCUGUCUUUAUUUCCAGUGAACCCUGUUGAGGCUGCUGGGUUUGCAGGAAUGCCUGUACAUGUGACCCCCCCCCCCCCCACUGGGACCCUUGCAUGCAGUAGGCAUCCUACAGACCCACACCAGGGAGGCUGUGACAGUGGGUGGAGGCCACGUGAUGGGCAGGGAACAGAGAUUUUUCAGACACAGAGUCCUUCCUGGUGCCUCAAGCCCAGAAUGAAGCUGGCUCUGCACACACACAUCCAUAGGCCUCUCCCCAGUCGGGGCCCACAGGCACCUCCACAGUCAGCUUCUGCCUGGAGGCAUCACCUUUUCUCUCCCAGAGGCUGCCCAGGGUUCUUUGCACCCAUGCCUUUGCUGCCCACCUAGAGGCCUAGGUGAGAAGCAGCCCAGUUCCAGAACUCUUCACUGCCCCUCUAUCCCAUGGGGAUAGGGGACGAGAGUCCUGGGUUCAAGUCCUGCCUCCAGCCCCUGUCUGCUAUGGGAACCUGAGCAAGGCCCCUCUACCUUCUGGGUCUCAGUUUCCACAUCCGUGAGGCAGAAGUGUUGACCAGAUGGCCUUGGUUUACUUUCAGCUCUGAGGCCCCAAGAGUCCAUUCAUCCCAUGCCCAGCUCCCACAUCCCAGUCCUCACCAGUGCAACCCUUCAGGCCGUCUUGGCUCUAGGGUCACCCUGUUCCAUCCCAUCACCCCACAUCCAUCCUAGUCCUGCAUCCUUGGGCUCUCGUGUCUGAGCCCAAGCCCCUGUCCCUGCUGUGGGAAAGGUGAGAAAGAUGACCUCACCCCUGGGCCCACCCAGCCGCCCAGCCUUUACCACACGGGGAGCAGGUCAUGCAUGCCAGUCCCUCCUGCCGCAUGGGGCACCUCAGCCCACUGACCCUCCCGUGCCUGGGUGGAGGCCAGGCCCCACCCUGUCUGCUGCCAGAUGCUUCUUCCCUUCCUAUCAUGCAUGAUGGUGGUGUUUCUAUGCUGUCUGGUCCUGUGCCUGUCUCUGAGACAGUCUCUCUGUGGAAUUUGCCUUAAAUUGACGUAAAUUUGGUUCUUUUACUAAA